AUGGGCACCCAUGUAGAUGGUCUGAAAUUUGCAGGAGGCUCUUUCUCUCUCUUCCAGGAGAAGCCCUUGAGAGAACUGAUAGACCUCGCCCACGACUACGGUGUUUAUGUUUCAACUGGGGGAUGGGCCGAGCAUCUUCUCACACAUCCCGACGCCAAUACUGUCUUUGAUAAGUAUCUCAAGAAAUGCAAGGAUCUCGGAUUCGAUGUUAUUGAACUCUCGUCUGGUUUCUUAUCGUUCCCAGAAGAUGACUGGCUCCGCCUGGUUGACAAGGUCCACGCGUACAAGCUGAAGGCAAAACCAGAGCUCGGCAUUCAGUUUGGUGCUGGAGGUGAUACACCUGCUUCUGGCCUUGAGGCUAUUGGGACUUCCGACCCGGGAAAGCUCGUUAACAUGGGGCGUAAAUUCCUCGACGCGGGUGUCGAACGUCUAAUGAUCGAAUCUGAGGGUAUAACAGAAAACGUGCAGUCAUGGCGGACUGACGUUGUGUCCACAAUAAUGAAGGAAUUGCCGUCUGAGCGGGUCAUGUUCGAGGCUGCAGAUCCCAAGGUAUUCAACUGGUAUAUAAGGGAGUUCGGCAUCGAUGUGAACUUGUUCGUCGACCAUAGUCAGAUUGUUCAACUGUCGUGCCUGCGACAGGGUAUUUGGGGCACAGCUGACACUUGGGGUAAAGUAGUAUCAUUUCGGUCAGAAUAA